AUGUCGACGUUGUCGACGUUGUCGACGUGCACGUCGGAGGCGGACGGCCAGGACGAGCACUACGCCCCGGCGGUGCGAUUCUGCGAGAUCGCGAGGCCGCCGUCGGGCAACUGCGGCUUCCACCUGUCCAGGACCAAGUGGGACCCCUACCCCUGGGUCAGCGUCGUGGAGACCGGUUCGGCCGCCCAGCAGGCGGGGCUGCAGGUCGGCGACUGCGUCCUGGAAGUGAACGGCGAGGACGUGGUGGGCCAGAAGAUUAGCGAGAUCGCCGCCAGGGUGCGCUCGCGGCCCGACUGCGCCACGCUGCUCGUGUGGAACUGCGGCGCCGACGAGACCUGCGACCCCGAGGCGCUGUGCUGCGGCCCCAUGCCCGUCUCCCUCAAGCGGCUGUCGACGUGCCUGGGCGCCGUGCUGGGCUCCCUGGAGUGCCCCGUCUGCCUGGACACCAUCCCCCCGCCGGCCCACCAGUGCGGCAACGGCCACCUCAUGUGCGCGGGGUGCCGCGCGCGCGCCGAGCGCUGCCCCGUGUGCAGGGUGCGCCUGUGCCGGGGCCGCUCCCUGCUCGCCGACCAGGUGUUCCUGGCGCUGACGGACACGUUCAACGUGGCCGCCGCGCCCCGCGAGGAGCAGUCCGACAAGCUGCGGCAGAAGCUCAUGCUGCUGGGCUCCAUCCGCAAGAAGAAGACGGCCACCGCCACCCCCGAGGUCAAGGUGAGCUUCACGCCGUCCGCCAGCCCGGCCAACAAGUUCCUCACCAAGCUGCUGGGCAAGUCGUCCUCCCUGACGAACCUCGCCACCACCGACGACGAGCCGGUCCGCCUGUCCGCCGUGCCCCGCCACCUGUCCAUCACGCCGGACUUCGGGCCGCAGCUCAAGGUCAAGUCCCUGUCCACGUCCGAGAUCAACCGGGAGGCUGACGGCUGCCCGUCGUCGCCGCCGGCGUCCCUGCCGCCCAGCCCCGUGCUGGGCAUGCCCGGGCCACCAGGCACGCCGCCGGGGUCCAGGAGUCCC